CUGAUUACGUGCCGAACGCGGAAGUGGGGCGCUUCUGAUGUGAUUUGAUCAAGAUGAUCGGGGAUCUGUUGAUAUUCGGGACUUUACUGGUGAACGCAGGGGCUGUGCUGAACUUCAAGUUUGUGUUCUAUCUCUCAGGGGACAACAUCAGAGAGUUUCUGCUCAGCCUGCGGUACUUCCGGAUCUUCAUCGCAUUGUGGAACAUCUUCAUCAUGUUCUGCAUGAUCCUAUUGUUUGGAUCAUGAUCGUGUGUGGCCAGUGGACUUCCUCCAAGAUGCUUCCCUUUCCAGAUGGAUGCUGUCAGCUUCUCCUUAAUGUCCUUUUUCUCUUUCUUUGACCCUUUUACUAGUAAUUAUACUCCUUUUGGUUUACAACCCUUUGUGCUGUACAGGAAUUUAUGAAUGGCUGUAUUUAUUCUUCUCUUGUUACAUUUUUAUUGAUCUUUCUUUAACUGUAACACCUUUGCUGGAAACUUGUGGUUUUGUAGUUAGUGGUAAAGAAACACCAGAAACAUCAUUUUAUUCCUUUUUCCUGCACAGGCUCAGUUCAUCCAGGUUCCACAGAAAAAUCUGCAUCUGAUUUGUGAGUUAUAAAUAGGAUUAUUUUACUCACUUAUGUGUUUGUUUUCAACUUCUUAGGGGGGGAAAUUGUGCUAUUUUCUUUAUUCAGCAGCACAUGUGCUGUAAUUAAAUGUAUAUUCACUGUAAAUGUGACCUUAUUCUUAAUAAAAAAUAAAGUUUUAUUAUCAAA